CCUUCGCCUCAAGCCCUAGCAAGUCUGCUCCUUAGCCAUUUCUCAUUUUCAGUGAUAAAAAAACCUCGAAAAUUCCUCAUCAAUGGCGGCAAACCCUAAGGUCUUCUUCGACAUCGCGAUCGGCGGCCAACCUGUUGGCCGGAUCGUGAUUGAGCUCUACGCCGACGUCACCCCCCGCACGGCCGAGAACUUCCGCGCCCUCUGCACCGGAGAGAAGGGAAUCGGACGGAGCGGAAAGCCUCUCCACUACAAGGGAUCGUCCUUCCACCGUGUGAUCCCCGGGUUCAUGUGCCAGGGCGGCGACUUCACCGCCGGAAACGGCACUGGCGGCGAGUCGAUCUACGGCUCCAAGUUCGCCGACGAGAACUUCAUCAAGAAGCACACCGGCCCUGGCAUCCUCUCCAUGGCGAACGCUGGCCCCGGGACCAACGGAUCUCAGUUCUUCAUCUGCACGGCCAAGACCGAGUGGCUCGACGGCAAGCACGUGGUGUUCGGGAAGGUCGUCGAGGGCUACGACGUCGUGAAAGCGGCGGAGAAGGUGGGGUCCAGCUCCGGCAGGGUCUCUAAGCCCGUGGUGAUCGCCGACAGUGGCCAACUCUCUUAGAUUUAUGUAUCUGUUUGGAAAAAGUAUUUUCUUCUGCUAAUAGGUGUCUAAUUUCGGUGUUUUAGUUAUGUUAUUGUCUCUACUCUUUUGGGAUGUGACAGUGGUUAUAUCGAAUGGUUGGAUACUUUGUCUGUUUAUUAUUGCCUCUGUUAGCUUUGUUUGCUGGUUUCUGAGACUCUUAUUAUGAUCCAAACAAGCUAUCUUUUAAAUAAAAAAUAGGCCCUUUUCUGAAA